AUGGAAAACCCGGACACUGCCCUUGAGCAAUUUCGACGGCAGUGGAAAGAAGAAGUCAGUGCUAGAACUAAACAUGCUAGAACUCGGCAGACAAGGAAUUAUGAUGCACUUCGACCUUGGCCUUCCAAGCCAUCCGAAGAGCAGAAACCUUCGAUAUUACCCUCGAAGCAUCAUCCACAACCACCAUCAGCAGCAGCAGACGUGCUUGAAACAGACAUUCUUCCUGGCUCCCAAAGAAAGGGACCGGGAGUAGCUGAUCCACUCAGUCAAUUGUCAUUAGGCGACGCUGAUGAUGACGACUUCUCGCCGCGGGGUAUGGCAAAAGAGCCAAAAUCCGCUCUCGAGCACUACGAGAGAGCCGUCGAGAAAGAGAGUCAAGGUAACCUAGGAGACAGCUUGUCACAUUAUCGGAAGGCAUAUCGAUUAGAUGCUGGCGUGGAUCUAUCAUACAAGAACAAGCAUUUUCCACCUACCUCGAAACCUAGCAAUCCAAACCCACCAAAUGCUCCAGUUACCAUUCCUUCUACCGCCCAUCACUCAUCGACAGAACCUACUGAAUCUAUGUCACUCUCUACUCUCAUUGCGAGCUUCUCUGGACUACCCAUUCCAGGUGCUCCUCCUCUCAUUGAAGGUGAUCGGGCCCCACGUUGUCCGAUAAGUCGUAUGCCAACCGAGAUUCUGCUGGAAAUCUUCCUCAGAACAGCAAUUCUAGAUCCAGCAUCAUUUGCUCGACUGGCCCUUGUAUGCAAGCGAUUAGCAUACCAUGUUUUUGUCGAAAAUCAGAUCUGGAAACGGAUAGCAUUAGGACCGGAAUUUGGUCUAGCUGCCCAGCUGUAUGAUUUUCGGACCGAUCUGCAGGGCCGUGAAGCCAUCAACCAUGUCUUAGACUCACCUGGUGAAAGCCCAAGGGUAGAUGAAUCAACUUUCGAGGACCCCAAGAGCCAAGACUGGCGAGAGAUCUUCCACUCACAUCCACGCAUCCGCUUUACAGGCGUCUAUAUCUCAACUGUGAACUACACCCGCGCCGGUGGCGCAUCUGCUAUGCAAACCACGUGGAACACUCCUGUUCAUGUUGUGACCUACUAUCGAUACCUCAGAUUCUUCCGCGACGGUACUGUGAUAUCAUUGUUGUCAACUCAUGAGCCAGUUGACGUUGUGCAUCAUCUGACCAAAGAAAAUGUAUCGCUGGUUCGCGGUGGCAAAGAGCAUCAUCCACUGAAUUUUACUUCCAGUGCAGCCGGCACCAACGCUCCUUCAGCGCAAGCAGGGCCACCAACAGCGCAGCAGCUCAUGAAGCAUGCACUACGUGGCAGGUGGCGGCUCAGUCAUCCUUCAGCGGCACGUCAGCACACUGUAGCGGACAUAGCCACCGCUGGGGUCGAUACCGAAGGCGAUCUCUUCAUCGAAACAGAAGGGGCUGGACCAAGGUAUAUGUAUACGAUGCAGCUUGCGUUGAAGUCGAGCAGCAAAUCAAAAAAUGGUGUGAAGAACAACAAGCUCCAAUGGAAGGGCUUUUGGAGCUAUAAUCAGCUGACCAAUGACUGGGCUCCGUUUCAGCUGAAGAAUGAUCGGGCGUUUUUCUUCAGUAGGGUAAAGAGCUAUGGGUUAGGAUACUAG